AAGCAAAGCAUUCCUAUAAGCUAGAGUAAGUUGUGACCACACUUAUUACCUCUUGUUCUUUUGAGUAUACACAAGACGUGUUCUACUUCUAGUCUUAUUUGUUAUCUUUAAACAUCGCUUCAAAAUCUAGCAACUUCCACACACAUCAUUUACAGUUAUGGCUUCAAUUUUGUCCUUUACCGUUGCAUCUCUUUCUCUCCCAAAAUCUCAAUCUCAGGAUCCCGAAUCUUCUUGCUCCGGUAAGAGUGGUAGUUGUUGUUUCCCGCUAUCGCUUGAACGGAGAAAGAUGAUUCUCUCUUCCGUCGCGGUUAUCGCCGGAAGCUUUUGCAAAGGCGGAAUUUCUCUUGCAUCUGAAUUUGCUGACAUGCCUGCGCUUAGAGGGAAGGAUUAUGGUAAAACAAAAAUGCGAUACCCAGACUAUGUAGAAACUGAAUCUGGACUACAAUAUAAGGACUUGCGACCAGGGACUGGCCCCAAACCAAAGAAAGGAGAGAUAGUAGUGGUAGACUGGGAUGGCUACACCAUAGGUUAUUAUGGUCGCAUAUUUGAAGCCCGGAAUAAAACGAAAGGUGGUUCCUUUGAGGGCGAUGACAAGGCCUUUUUCAAAUUCAGAAUAGGAUCUAAAGAGGUAAUACCAGCUUUUGAAGAGGCUGUUUCAGGCAUGUCUCUUGGAGGCAUUCGAAGGAUAAUUGUGCCCCCAGAACUUGGAUAUCCUGAGAAUGAUUAUAAUAAAGGUGGCCCAAGACCUAUGACAUUCUCGGGCCAACGAGCUUUGGAUUUUGUGCUAAAGAACCAAGGGCUAAUAGACAAGACUCUCUUGUUUGAUAUUGAGCUAAUGAAGAUUAUUCCAAACUGAUUCGUCAAAUUCAGCAUUGACCCAUGAAUACCACCACCAAAAAAUUGAGUGUCAUUUUAGGUACGUUCAAAAAUGCAUCUCCAAACACAGCAAGAUAUUUUUGGAUUUUCAGAGGUGUGAGACACACUCUUAAGGGCAAAAAAGAGCAAUCGUCUUUUUAAAUUUAUAUUGAGUUUUGUAAAUAUGUUGGGCUGACAAUGAUUCAAAUAGGAGAUUUUUAUCUGCCACUCCCACACUUAAACUUGACACAUUCCAAAUGAUGUGACUUUAUCAUAUUAACCUUGCUAAAAAAAACUCAUUCCACUA